AUUAAUUUAAAAUUUAUAAUAUUUCACUAGAAUAUGAAAAUUUCAUAAUCUUAAGCUGCGCUAUUUAACAACAAGCAGCUCCCAAUUCAAUCUAUUCCUAAUGGAAUAACAUUGCAUUAGAGAGCUUAAAGUAAUAGUUAGUUAGAUAAAAACCAACAAGCACAUGUAAGGAUUAACUAGAAUUUAAGUGGAUAAUAAUAAACAACAAAAUAAUAAAAUUCAAAUGUAUUUCCCCAUUAAAAAAUAUAGCCUAUGCUUAAAAAUUCAAAUGUGAUAAUUUCUAAUCAAUUAGCUUCUAAAAGCGCAAGAUGUUCUCCUUAAAGAGUUAUUUAAUCUCACAGGCCGAAUGCUAAUAAUAGUAGUACUAACACUAAUAAUCAUUUAAGACUCAAUUUUACUCCUUCAUCAAAUUUACAAUAGUAGUAAGAUAUAUCUUAAUAAUCAUAUUAAAAUUAUGUAAUAAACUAGGUACAACAUUAAAUUAAUAAUAAUUCUGUUAAUAAUAAUAUAUAAAAUAAUUCAAUUAGUCAAGUGUAACCUGUUGCUUGUUUUAUAAAGUAGCUUGGCGGAUAGUAGUAGUAUAAUUCAGUAGGGAGAGAAUAAGUUCCUUAAUAAUAGUAAUUACAGAUGCAGCACCAAAAUUCCUAAUAAUACCUACAAAGAGCAGGUGCUGUUUAGAGCUAUUUCAAGCCAAAUCAAUUUUUAAAUGAAAGAGAUACAAAUACUUUGAAUUAAAACAAUUAAUUUACAUAAUAAUUAGGAAAUUUUUAAACUUAAGAAUAUUAAUAGUUACUAUAGCAAGCAUAGUAUCAAAAAUAAUAAGCUUCACCCUUUAACUAUCAAACAGUAAUUUAAAAUUAAACCCCUCUCGAAACUAUUAGCCCAAUCGCGAAAAAUCAAAAAUCAAAUUUAGAAGAUCUAGAAUAAAAGAAAUUUGCUUUGAAUUUUAAAAAAGAUGAAAAUGAGAUAAUUACAACUCCAAAAACAUCUAAAUAAAUUGUUUUUGGUAAAAUUACACAGUAAUAGAAACCAUAAGUUUAGUAGCUAAAUUUAUAGAAUAUAACAAAUAAUUUAUAACCAACUUAGAAGAAUAUGGUUUGUUCUUAAGUUCCUAAAUCCAGAGCUAUCAGUUCUAUUUCCUUUAAGUGUGGAGGUAUAGAAAACUAAGAGAAUUAUUCUUAUAAAGAAUUUGUUGAUAAUAUAAACGAUAAUACUAAUCUAGUUAAGAAAGGAAAUAUUUAAUUAUAAACAUAUUAAACUAACAAAACACAAGGUCCAAAUCUUGAAAUUCUCAACAGUCAAAUAUAAUUAGACUAGUUAAUAAAAGAAGCAAGAUAACAACAACCUUUUACAGAAUCAAAUUAGUAAUUUGAAUUAAAUUAGAAUGAAAAUUAGCUUAUUUUUCAGAAUAAUAGAUUUGAAAGCUUUCAAAUUAAUGAGAGCUUAAACAUGUUUUAAGCCCCAUAGUAUACUAUUAAUAAUAAUAACAUAACAAGUUAAUUUACGAGUAUUCAGCUAGAAUAAUAAACUGCCAAUUAGAAUUUAAUUUAAACUUUAUUUAAUUCAGAAUUAAAUGCUUAAGAAUGUAAGUAAAAUACCAGUUAAAAUUUACAAAGCUCAAAUUUAAAUGAGUAAAAACCAAGUAAUAAUUUAAAGUUUUUACAGUUUUAGUAGCACCAGUAAAAGUAAAGUUAAUCUCCAGAAUCAUAUAUUGAAUCAAAUAUUGAGGGAGAGCAAACACAAAGAGUUUCUGAAUUUCAAAAUGAAAAUCCAAAAUCUUAGUAGUCACUUAAAAGCAAUAAUGAAAAAGCUAACGAAAUACAAAAUAAUCCAUAAGGCAGCAAUAACUUAUUGAGCUAAGAAGAUGUGAGAAAUGAAUAUCACUCAAAUUAAAUAAGUGAAAGAGAUUUAUAUAAAUAGAAGUUUUUAUAGUUGUAAGAAGAAAAUGAUAGACUUUAAGGAUUGAUAAAGAAUUUAUAAAUAUAAUCUGAUGAAAAAGCAGCACAAAAGGAUGAGGCAGAAGUUAAGUUAUAGAAAAUAGAAUCUAAAGUAGAGGAGUUAUAAACAAAUAAUUUGCAGCUUCAGAGUGAAAAAGAAUAAAAAGAAUAUUAAAUUAAAGAAUUGAAUUAGAUUGUAGAAUCUCAAAAUGAUUUAGAAAAUAGAUAUUUCUUAUUAGAAGAAAAAUGCAAUUUCUACGAGUAAGAAUUAACCAUGCUAAAAUAGAAAGACAAAGAAAAAUUAGCCAUUCUUGAAAAGGUAAAAGAAAACAUAAAAAAAGCGAAUAAUUAUGAGACUGACUAAUAGAACACUUAAUUAGAAGAAUAUAUUUCUGAGAAGGUUUUCAUAUUACUUGAGAGAUAAAAGUAUCAGAUAUAUAGAUUAGAAUAAUGCGAGAUAGAGCUAAAGUAGAAAACCUAAGAUUUGAUUGAAAGUUAAAAAUAAAUUCAAGACUUGAAUGAGAAGUUUAAAGAAUAUGAGAUCACUUAGUAAAACUUUUAAUAAGACAUUGAGUAAAGAUAUAAAUCUGAAUAUAACAAUUACUAUUUAACAUAACAAGAACAAGAAGUCUUAGCAAAUUCUAAAAUAAAUUAAUUGAGUUAAGAACUAGUCAGAAUAAAGCAAGAACUUUAAACUACUCAAGAGCUUAAAAUAUCUGAAAUUAAAACUCUAAAUUAAGAAAUUGAAAACUACAAGUAGCAGCUGCUACAGUUAGGUUAACAAUAGAGUUAGAACAAUUAAAAUAGCGAUUAAAGCCAAAGUAAAGUUAAAUAAUUAGAAUAGCUGCUAUAAAAUGUAGAGAAGCAAAAUGAGGAUCUUAUAUGCAUCAACAAUAUGUAUUUGUAGUAAAUUACUGAGUUAAAAAGUGACCAUUCUAAGUGCUAUACCCUCAAAACAGAAAACGAAACUUUAAAAAUAUCUUUAGAUAACUUCACAUUUUAGAUUAAAGAUAGAGAAAGUGAAAUAAGAUAGCUAUCUUUGAAGUUAGAAAUUAAAUAAAAUGAGCUUAAUUAAGCAUAAAAAUGCUAUGAUUAUUAAACAAAGCAGUAAGAAUAAGAAAUCUAAGAAUUAAAAUAAAAACUUGAGUCUAAUAAAAUUUUAUAAAAUACAAAUAAAAAUGAAAAUGUUAUUCAAUAAGAGAUCAAUUUCAAUAAAAAUGAUGAACUUUACUAAACAAACUAAAUGCUCUCCUAAGAAAACAAUUAAUUAAAAUUUAAAUUAAUGAAUUUAGAAAAUGAAAAUGAUUAGCUGAAAAUGGAAUAUUAAUAAAGUGAAGAGAACCAACAAAUCCUUUAAUAAGAAAUUUUUAAUUUGAGGGAGUACAUCGAUAAUUAAAAUUAAGAGUAUAUUUAGCAGCAAAGCCAAAUAUUGAAUGAUGGAGAAGAAUCAGUAGUGCUUAAAGGAGAUUAUGAAUAAGAAGCCUUAGAUUAAAGUGGAGUGAAAAACUUAGACUCAUUGAUGCAUGUUUUAAGCUGUUAAACUAUAGGAACAAACUACUACUAAUAAUGAAUGAAUAAUCUAAAAAAAUUACUUUCUAAGAUUUAUAAUAUUUAUUAUAAUUAAAAAAAUUAUAUUUAUCACAAUAAAGUGCAUUAUUUUAUUUAUUUAUUUAUAAAAUGCAUUUUACUUAAUUAAGAGUUGUCUUUUAGUUGAUUAUAAGAAUAUUUGCUUGUCUUUUAUAAAUUAUCAUA